AGGUGCAACCCCUCAGCGACACAUGUGAGGGGUCCGUACCUGGGAGGAAGGAGGCAGCAGAGCAGAACAAACGCUGACAUGAGGACGCACACACUUUUGACUGUAGCUCUGCUGGGCCUGCUGCUCUGGGCCUCCUGCGGCCAGGCUAAGGACACGACACAAGGAGACUCCUUGGAGGAGACAGAGGAGACUCCGGGAGAGCAGGCGGCGGAGGAGGAAACCGAGAAAACAGUGGAGGAGAACAAUGUGAUGGUUCUCCACAACACAAACUUUGACAGAGCUCUCAGCGAGAAUCAAUAUCUACUGGUUAAAUUCUAUGUUCCCUGGUGUGGCCACUGUAAAACCCUGGAGCCUAUUUACGCUGAGGUCGCUGGAAAGUUGAAGGAGGAUGGAUCGCCGAUGCGUUUGGCCCAAGUGGAGGCCACCAAGGAGCAGGAGCUGUCCCUGGAGUUUAAAAUUAUGGGCUACCCCAUUCUGAAACUGUUCACAAACGGAGACCGCAAGAAGCCCAUCGACUACCCUGGUCCCAGGACAGUGGAGGCCAUGCUGCAGUGGAUCAAGCGCUGUACGGGCCCCGGCGCCCCCGUGCUCGACACGGCAGACUCGGCAGCUCAGUUCAUCGAGUCCCAUAAAAUCGCCGUCAUAGGAUUCUUUGAUAAUCUGGAGAGUGAGGCGGUGAAGGUGUUCAAGACGGUUGUUUUGGCUCUUUCUGACACCGAGUUUGCUAUGACGACGAGUCCAGAGGUUUUCCAGAAGUAUGGAGUUGAAAACAACUCAGUGGUGCUCUUCAAAAAGUUUGACGAAGGCAGAGCGGACUUUCCAUUGUCAGAAGGAGAGCUGAAUCCAGAAGAUCUGACCAUCUUCAUUAAACAAAACAGCCUGGAGCUGAUCAUCCCAUUCCGCCUGGAGACUUCAGACCUGAUCUUCAACUCUGGCAUCCCGCUGCACGCCCUGCUGUUCAUCAACUCCUCUGUGGAGAGUCAGACAGCCCUGGUGGAAGAAUCCAGGCCCAUUGCCAAAGAGUUCAGGGGCAAGAUGCUGUUCGUCUUGAUUGACACAGCAACAACUGUGGCUAAUGUGCUCAACUACUUCGGCGUAUCCGACAAAGACGUCCCCACCGCGCGCCUCGUCAGCAUGGAAACGGGGAAGAAGUUCAACACCGAAGGCGGCGAUCUCGCCAUAAAGUCACUGAGACGGUUGUGCCAGGAUGUCGUUGACGGCACCGCCGAGCCUUACUUUAAGUCUGAGGAGAUCCCAGAGGACUGGAAUAAAGAACCAGUCAAAGUCCUGGUGGGAAAGAAUUUUGCGUCCGUUGCUCUGGACCCGACCAAAAACGUCUUUGUGGAGUUCUAUGCUCCAUGGUGUCAACACUGUAAGGAUCUAGCUCCCAUCUGGGAACAGCUGGGCGAAAAGUACGCUGACAGAGAUGACAUCAUCAUAGCCAAGCUGGAUAGCACGGCCAACGAGGUGGAGUCUUUACCCAUCUCUGCAUUCCCAACUCUCAAAUACUUCCCGGCUGAUGAAAAACAGGUGGUCGACUACAGUGGAAAAAAGGAUCUGGAGAGCUUGUCUAAGUUCCUGGACGACGGAGGAGUGUUGCCCGAGGCGGAAACAUCUGAGGAGGGAGAUGAGUUUGACGCUCAAGGUGACGACACUGGCGAUGAGGACGUUGCUAUGUCUAAAGAGGUACCAACCAACACAUCUAAAGAAGAGCUGUGAUGUCACUUUGGUUUUUUCCACCUUAAAAUUUUUCUUAAUAAAAUGAAUUUGGGUUACAAA